GCUUAGUGGAAAGUUGGAAUAAUUGCAUCUAGUAUGUCUAUAGCAGAUGGAGAGUAUGAUAUUGAUCUCUCCCAGUUACUAGCGGACACCGGAAGUGAAUCAUCGGACAGCUCGUUUGCUAUCCGGUAUGGAUUUAUACCUGAUUCUAUGGAUCAAGCCAAACCACUUCGAUUAUAUCAGACAGAGAAGGAGUGUUUGUUGCAGGCGUUUUCCAAUAACAACAGCAAGCCCAUAAUAUUUGAAGGAGCACCACAGAGACACCGAAAGACCAAUAACCCAGCAUUAGAUUCUUAUUAUCUUUCCUUCAAUUUGAAUGAUGAAGGUGACCAGAAGAAAAGCCUGGUGCAACUUAGGCGGUUGAAUAGCACUAUUAGAGUUAGCAAAUCCAGAAAUCCCAGUAAGUGGGAGGAUCAGAUCACCCAAUGGGAUAAGCAAGAGCAGCUGGGAGAAUUGCUGGCGUUAUCAAUUGAUUCGCCCCGAGUGGAAGAAUCGCCCAAGAAAAUGAAGCCGAAUCCGGUUCCAAAAGCUACGAAGGACCUGAAGAGCCAGAACGCCAGGUCAGUUGACGGGAGGGGUAAGCAUAUUGUGGAACCUGCAAAAGAAUUGACUUUAGCAUCUAAGAGACCUCCGACUGCUACGCCAGAAACGAAGAAUGAUAUUAUUAGUGAAUCGGAUUUUGAAGAUUUGGGGUUGGACGAGAACAAUAACACUGAUUUCCCAAUAAUUGACUUAAGUGAUGCUGAUGAAAAGAAACCAGAACCAAAACCACAGUCUAAACCACAGUUGCAGCUGCAUCAAUCCAAGCCUAGAGGUCCUGGUAGACCCAGAGGUAAGAAGAAAGAUGAACCUCCUAAAAAAGAACUCAAGCCAAAGAAAAAAGAACUGGUUUCCGAAGACAUUGAUAUGGAUGAUGACUUUAAAGAUCUCGAAGAUCAGCUACAAGAGGUGUUGGAAGAAGAAGAAGAAUCAAAUAAACAAUCAUCGAUUUCCCCAGAUACUUCACCUGAUAUGGACAAGGAUGUAUCCAAACAACCCCAAUCGACUCUCGAGAACAGAACUGGUAAUGACUUCAAAAAUGACAACGACAACGACGACGACGAUGAUGAUGAUGACGACGAUAGUGAUGGUGAACGAUAUCGUUUUGCCGGAGGGCCCAUAAUCAUAAACAUGGGUGAAGAUAAUAAUAAAAAAACUCCGAUAUACAACCGGCCCUUCGAUAACUCCUCGCUGAGAAAACCAAUGAGUUUAAGAGAUCUCUACGGUGCCGAUAACGAUGGCAAGGACGACAUGAGUAGCAGUGAGGCGGAAUGAUUUGGCACAAAAAAUAGUAAGAAUCCCACAGAACAUAGCAUUUUCAUUUUUUUAUAGUAAACUUCUUUUAAUAACAGCAUUUUCAACAUCUCUGAGUAUCUUGUAGUCAUAAAUAUACGG